UAACACGAACCUCAACGAAUAAACAAGCUCCGACAACAAUAUUAUUUUGAUUGGGAAAUUGGCGACUGGAACGUUUCGAAGUGAAAGUAACAAGAGGAAACGAACGAUUUGUGGCUUGAUUUUCCUUCCAACUCUAUGAUUUAAGGAACAAUUAUUCCGCGCGUUGACUUAUUACGCGCAUUGAUUUUGCGUGGCAUAAGUACUUUGCUUUCAAUGUGUGUUGGAACUGGAAAUGUCCGCAGCUGGUUACGACCAGUCGUCAUUUCUUUGUAUUUUGUGGUUCUAUGUGUUGCACUUCCCCUCACUGUUUGGGAAUUGCACAGAUUCAGAGCUGAAACUCACGUGCAAGCCUGGUUUAUCGCAGGAUGUUUUGUUUUUUUGACAAUUCCCAUCUCCCUCUGGGGAAUUGUCCAGCAUAUGGUAAAUUAUACCAAACCAGAGUUACAGAGACGAAUUGUAAGAAUUAUUUGGAUGGUUCCAAUUUAUGCAACAGAUAGUUGGCUAGCUCUUCGUUUUCCAAAGGCAGCUAUAUACCUGGAUUCCCUGCGAGAAUGCUAUGAAGCUUACGUGAUAUACAAUUUUAUGACAUUCUUGUUGGCAUACCUCAACACUGAGUAUGACUUUGAAGAGAGACUAUCCCGCAAACCUCAAGUAGAUCAUUUUUUUCCAUGCUGUAUCUUGCCACCAUGGAAGAUGGGCAGGACAUUGAUUAAUAGGUGUAAACAAGGUGCCUUAUCUUACACAGUUAUUAGAAUCCUGACAACUGCGAUUGCUUUCUGUACAGAAUUAGCUGACAAAUACCAUGAAGGAGAUCUGAGCUUCAAAUCUGCAUGGAGUUAUAUUGUGGUGAUAAACAACUGUUCACAAGUGUGGGCGAUGUAUUGUUUGGUGUUGUUCUACAAAGCAGCUCAUGAUGAGCUGAAGCCUAUAAAACCCUUUGGAAAAUUUUUGUGUAUAAAACUUGUGGUUUUUGCAUCUUUCUGGCAGGGUGUCUUAAUCGCUGUUUUGGUUAAGGUUGGGGUGAUAUCAGAGAAACACACUUGGGUCUUUUACACAGUGGAGGAUGUUGCCAGUGGCAUUCAGGAUUUUAUAAUUUGCGUUGAGAUGUUUAUAUUUGCCAUCGCACAUUAUUACACCUUCUCUCACAAACCGUACGUGGAUCCAAAUUCACCCCCUCCCCCGUGCUGUUCGUCGUUUGUCUCUAUGUGGGACGUGACAGACGUUCGUGACGACCUCGUGCUGCAAGUGCAGAGCGUGGAGAGCACCGUGAGAGGUGCAGUCGACGUCGUGCGGAACAAACGCGGUCAAAACGCAACGAAGGGAAAGGGUAACAGUACCGAGGCAACGCCCUUGUUGACAAGACAGACCUCUGUGGAUUCAUCGUCUGAUGAAGCGCCCGUCAUUCCUUGAAAACUGCACGUUUCGAACGCUCGAUCAUGACAAUUAAAGGAACUUAAUGUGUCAAGACUAACAAUGCGUCUCUCAGGUCGCGUUUAUACUAAUUUAAACGAAUUCGAAAAGGGACAAAAAAAAGCUAGAUUUAUUGAUAUUUUCUGUUUUCACUUUUAAUUUUAAUAAUGGAAUUAAAUUAUUGAAUAAUUAA